AUGUACAGAUCUAAUCAAAUAAAUGCAAACAAAAAAUCAAACGUUAAUGACUUGUUAAACAGGGCAUCUCAGUUUUUAAAGGGUAACAAGGCCAGCCCUAACAACAAUGGUACCAGCAACCUGAAAAGUCCGGCUGACCCCGACAAGAAAUUUCAGUCAAGAAAGAAAAAAUCUGCAACAAAUUGGGAAAGUUUGGAAGACAUUAGUGACCUUUCAUACGUAAGUGAAAGCAGUUCAACAUCGUCUGCUGGCCGUCAAAACAAAUUUUUGAAGAAAAACAAACAAAAAAGUAACAAAAAAGAACUUGAAACACCAGCAAAGCUAGAAGAAACGUCAAAAAUAGUGACAGUCAACAAGAAUAAUUCCUCUGAAAAACAACCAAUAACCAAAGAAAAUAAAUUCCCCAUUAUAAAUAACACCACUGUGACUAAAAAUGAAAUUAAAAUCAAUAAUGAUAACAAAUCUGAUAAGAAUUACCAAAAAUCAAAUGGUGAUAAACUUAAUGAUGACGACGAAGAUCAUGCCAGGGUGAAGAAUGUUAAUAAAAUAUUUCGAAAAAGUAGUGACAAUGAUGAUGAUAACAAUGAUGAUUAUAAUGAUAGCAUCAACGAAAUCAUUAAAAGUGAAAUUAGUGAAAUUUCUCUAAUCAAAGAUGAGCCAGAAACCAAGAAAGGUACAAAAAAUGUGGCUGGUAGAAGUGAAAAUGCUGAAGACGACGACGACGAUGAUAUCAAUUAUGAUAAUGAUUUUGAUGACGGUGGCGAUAUCUCUAUGAAGAUUCUAGACAUUAGUGAUCUAAAGAGCAGCAUAAACAUAGAUGGUGAAAAACCAAAAUCCAAAGACACUAAAAAUCAACAAAAGAUACUACAUCAAAGCACAGAUGAUAGAAACAGCACAGACCAAAGAAAUGAGAAUGUCUCUAUAUUUCACGCUUCAAAGAUAAAACAAAGUGAUACCAAGACAGAAAAUCGAACCUCAAGAAAUAGAAAAAAAUCAUCAUCAACACCUCGACAAACAAUACCACCAUCAUCAUCACCAUCAUCGCCGAGAAGUUAUGAUUAUAGUGAUGAUUAUGUUGAUGAUGGUAAUGAUGACUAUGACGGCACGAAACUUGUAGAUAUGAAAUCAAUUAAAGAUAAAAUUAAAGCGGAAAACGACGAUGACGAUGGCGAUGAUGACAGCAUAAGAACCGAGUUGGUCACUAUAAAACGCUUCACUUAA